CCUCACAGAAUUCAAAAGUGUUGGCCAGUCAGACAGAGGCAGGGCAGACUGCUGAAAGAGGGAGUGGACACAUAUAGAGCAGAGGGAAAAAGAGGAGAAGAGAGAAAGAGGGCUAUCCACUCAUCUCCGACAGUGGGGAUAUUGAUGCACAUACUUGAGUGAAGAGGAAAAUAAAACGACAUGAGUUUAGGAGCAGCAUGUGUCUUCCUGAGGGGAGGGAAUCAUAUUGACAGAGAGCUGGCCGAUGAUGAAAUUGAAGAGCUGCGCGAGGCAUUUGCUGAGUUCGACAAGGACAAGGAUGGGCUGAUCAGCUGCAAGGACCUGGGCAACCUGAUGAGGACAAUGGGCUACAUGCCCACCGAGAUGGAGCUGAUCGAGCUGAGCCAGAACAUCAACAUGAACCUUGGUGGGAGAGUAGACUUUGAGGACUUUGUUGAGCUGAUGGCCCCAAAGCUGCUGGCUGAGACUGCUGGGAUGAUCGGAGUGAAAGAACUGAAGGAUGCUUUCAAAGAGUUUGACACGGACGGAGAUGGCGAGAUCACAACAGAGGAGUUACGAAACGCCAUGACCAAGCUAAUGGGGGAGCACAUGUCUCGUAGAGAGAUAGACGCCGUGGUACGAGAGGCUGACAACAACGGUGACGGGACAGUAGACUUUGAAGAGUUUGUUAGAAUGAUGUCACGCCAGUGAGAAGGACUUCUUGGAAAAAGUAUUAUUUCUCACACACACACACACACACACACACACACACACACACACACACA